AUGUCACACGCGGUAGAAGAGCAACUCUCUCUCUUUCGCUACCUCAUCCAAACCAGAAGUUUCGGCGAAUCCACACUCCGAUUUCUGGACUCGCUUUUGGUCUCCAAAGAUGUGAAAUCACUGAUCGAAAUUCGAUCCAGCUUGAAGCAACUCCUCAAAUCUGAAUCGAUGUCCAUUAUGCAUUCAAUCGCCGCAGAAUCCGUCCACGAUAAGCUUCUCGUUCUCGAUUUCUUCGUCCACGCUUUCGCUCUUGUUGGAGAUCUAGAGAGUUGUUUGGCUUUGAGAUACGAGGCUUUAGUUAUGCGAGAACUCAAAUCUGCUAGUUUACAAUUUCUUCAAGUUUCGCCGGUAGAAUGGUUAAGUUUCGUGGAGGACGCUGUGCACAACGGUUUUCACUCCGUUGCAGUGAAGGCAUGUGAAAAUGCAUUGUGGUGCAUUGGAAAUAACGAUGUUCAAAAGCUUGGAAGAGACAUGCUUCCUGAAAAUUUGAAGGCUACUACUAUCAGCGAAAUUACUAGGCUCAGGAACUUUGCACUGACAUCAGUUUCUUCACGUUCUGUUCAGGUGCAAGCAACAGAGUACCUAGAAAGGAAAACAAGAGAGCAGCAAAAGUUGGACUUACCCUUCAAAGAAAAACAAUGUCUAGCAAGCACUUCUUUCAGAAAUGGAAUUAAAAGAAAAAAUAUGCGGAAGUUACAUGAACGACAACAAAGCCUUCCGCAGGUGAAUGGUGUACCGCCUGAACAGAAUUUGCGGUAA